AUGCAAACGGAACAUAGCUUUCGUCCUACCUUCGUUUUCUAUGCGUGGUACGCAACCAAAUUCAAAUGUAUCUCCGCCCCCCCCCCCCCGACCCGAUCCCAACUUACAAGCCAAAGCAGCCCGAUUCCAUUUUACCCGCCAGCCCUCAACCUUUCUGAGAAGAUAUGGCAUGAUCGAUAUUAUUGCCUUCUUCAUAAGGGUUCUCAACUGUGUCCUCGCUAUCGUCGUGGAUGGACACCAUCAGGCUCAAUGAUUAAAGCGAAAUACCGGUAUGCGAGGAUUCACUGCAACAUCUUUGAUGGAUGCCAAAAGAACAGAACAAGGGGUGGUCUCGCGGUUUGUUUGAAAGCCGUCUUCCGAACGCCUAAAGAGGCGGAAAUCGCGAAAUAUUUAUUAUCGCCCGAGUUGCUACAAGAGCCUCCCAAUCAUUCCGUGCCCAUUCUCGACGUCUUCCAAGAUCCUUCGGCGCCUGACUCUGAAUACCUGGUUAUCCCAUUACUGUGUCCCUUUGACGACCCCGAAUUCGCAAUUGAUGAGGUUGUCGACUUUGUAACGCAAGUUCUUGAAGGCCUGACAUUCAUGCUUCUCAUAAUGUAG